AUGAAUACAACUGCAAAAUCACUCACUAAAGAUUCUUUCUGUUUUACUUAUAACUCUAGUACUGAUUUCUCUGAAUUUUUAAAAGCCUUUCAAACUUUCUUUAAAUGGGCUGUUAACAAUCUUAAAGCACAAUAA